AUGUGCAGCAGUAGAUCACCUGGCAGCGGAGGUGAAAGUUCUCGUCAGGUCGAAAAAGUGACGGAACGGAACUACUGGCGUGUGUGAGCUGCGCUGUUUAGAGCAACUCCUAGCACUGAGUCCUAGGCUAGCUGCAGGCUUGGAGGAUCUGGCUCACUCUGCUACCUGUCGCACGCUUCAUUAUGCAAACGCGUGCAGCAUCGGAGUUCUAAGCAUUUGUCCUUGUGUGAGCAUCUAGACGCGAUUGCGUUUGUGCUGCGUUGUCGUGGUUCGAUUGGAACCAAACUCCCACAUGCACAUCGCUCGGGCGCUAGCGACAGAUAUUUGACUGGUGCGAGCGCUGCUCCUUGCAUUCCUCUGGUGAUGGUCGCUAGCUAUGUGCUGCUGAUCAUGGAUUUUGCCUAGUAUUAAGAAAGACGGAAGUCUUGUUGCUUCUCGGUGAACCUGCUGCAAUAGUGGACGUGUUCCAUAGUAGUGCCCUGUGCCUGGAGCAACGGCAGCACGAACAAGAGAUAAUAAUUAUGUCGUUUUCAGGCGUUCUUCGCGACGGCUACAGGCGUCGCCUUGAGUCGAAGGAUCGCUCCAACUCCUUUGUGGGAAGCUCCAGCUUGGUGUCGUCGGAAAUGGCACUGGGUGGAAAUAGUUCCUCCGGCGCGUUUCCAGAGAAAUACUGGAGCACGACAAGCAGUGUUCUGGAGAUGGCAUCGAGUUACAGUCGAAUGAUGCUGGAUCACCUGUCAAUGCACGAACUACGGCUGGACGAUGACGACGACGAUGACCCUGGCGAGGACGGAGCGACGGACUCGUCUUGCUCUCGUAGCGGCUCCGACGCUGAGAGCGUCGUCUACGUACGCCACCAGGGCCGCAACGGCACUGCUGGCUGGCGUGGGAGCUUAGCGUUGGGUGAUGGCGACGACGACGAUUGGGAGGAUUGUAGCGACACAGUGACGGAGAACGAGGACGAGGAUGACGAUGAAGAAGAAGAGGAGGAGGAAGACGCCGAGUAUGGUGACAAACUCAGGAGUCUGCUGAGAGAUGAGCCAGGUCUGAACGCCCGUAUUGCCUUGCUCACUGCUGAUCGCUUGAAUGCUGAACAGUCCGCAAGUAAUAUAGAGCACAUGCUUGAGCAACACGAACACGAGCAAGCGUUGGACAUCAGCGCCAUUAGCCCGGUGAACGGGGACGAUCACAGUGAGCCGGACGAGCACGCCUACGCCGAUGACCUGAGCCUAGGCGACCCGAACAAGUCGCCGGAGAAGUCCGCGGGCCUCUGGCCGGAGAGCGAGCACGCAGCUGCGACGGCGACACCUGCGGAGCGCAGGCCUAGGCGCUGGACGGAAGGCGCCAACGUGUUCGGUCGCGACCGGCCCAGGUCGCAGUCACAGCGCUCGCGUGUGGCGGCGGUAGCCAAGGCCGGUCUGUUCCGCCGCGACGACGUCCUGCGACGCAGCGAGACCGUGCGCCGUCACAUGGCCGUGAGCCGCUCCAGUCCCACGCCCGCCAUGCUACCAGUACAGCCGGGCGAUGCAGACGGCAGACACGAUCAGGCCACUAUCGGCCAAGACGUGGCAGUAGGAUCAGCAACAGCAGCCGUGACAACUCGACCUGCGAAAACUAGUGGUAGCGGCGAACAGAAACGCACCAGUGCAAUCCUGCCGGAGUGGGGUCGCUCCGUGCUAAGACGCAAGAGCAAGGCGAAGUUCGACGAUGCAGUCGAGAAUGACGAUGUGCCCGGAGAUCUCCUAAACACGUCGCCACCGUCGAAGAGCUCGGGCUUUGUUGCCAGGAAGUCCGCGGACAAACUGCAAGUGCGGGAUGCGUCGAAACGCCAGAGCUACCUGUGCGCCACCGAUCCUCAAAUGCUGCCGGAGAAGACGCACAAGAAGCCGUUCAAGGCGCUCAAGCAACUCUUCACCCCCAGACCCAGCUCGCCGCUCGCAAAGCCUGUCACGCCGAAGAAGAAAGCAGCGGCGCAAGCCGCGUCGUCGAGUAGCGGCGAUAUGGAGGCUGCGGUAGCUUCGUCGCCGUCGCCAUCACAGUCCUCACCUCGUCGACAAGGCCAAGCAAAGGCAAAGACGGUGCAGCUCGACAGGUUCAUGCAGAGAUCACUGCACGGCGAGCCCGUGCAGCACAGCACUCCCAGUCGCCAUGACGCCGACCAAUCACCGUCGACGUUAGUAGCGCGAGAAACGCCGCCGAUACCAGACGUGCGGUCAGUCAGCGCACCUCCAAUACGCAAUGUGCCGUCAGCUGACACACCGCCAGUAGUAGACGUGCCGUCAGCUGACACACCGCCGAUAGCAGACGUGUCUCCGCCACUUUCAUCUCCACGUGGAAAGCAGUGGGUAAGCGCGCAGCACUACUUUGUACAGACGCCACGGCGACCACUUCGACAACGCUCCUCGACUUCGUCCUCAGAUGACGAUGUCAGGAAGGGGGCCAGUCGCAUCAUGCAAACAUCACAGAAACCUCCCAGCGUUGAUGGUGGACGUGAGGUUGCCAAUCAUUCGGACACGCCGCGAACGCCUCUUCCUGCAGUGGUGCGGAACGAGACCACGCCGCCAGGGGAGGGGGCAAGUGGUGAGUUGAUGCGUGCCGAUCGUAGAGUGCCCAUAACCCCACAGUCCAGCCACAGUAAUCUGUACAGAACGCGCUUAGCUGCAGGGAACCGUGGCCGACAGUCUGCUACCAGUAUGCCAUCAUCGACCAGUGGAUCGCCAACACCAGGGGAUGAUUUAGCAGCAACGGGCACAGUUGACCAGGGUAACGAGCAGCAGCCGUCUCGUCACCGCAGAUUACUACCGGCUACGCCCGACACCGCUCCCUACACGCCACCGUGCGGCUUACAGCGAAUCAGUCUAUCGCAGACGAGUUCUCCGAAUGCGUCGGCCAACAACAGUUUGGACGUGCCAUCGACCCGACCGAGCGCUGCCAGAAAGUCCUGGUCGUCGCGCCCAGGCUCUCCGAUGUGGCUGGAGGAGGCUCGGACGGAGAGAAGCAACUCUCUGCCCGACCGGCCCAGCAUCAGGAUCGCGCAGCAAGACGCCGUGCUGCGACAGAGUGCUUCGCCGCAACGCCGAAAGCUGGCCGGACGGCGUAAUCGCCUGGCCGCGCAUGCUGCCAUGGACAGCGCAAAGUCAUCUCCGGCAGUGGCAACCUCUCCAACUCAACUAGCCGCCACAAAGUCCAAGUCUCUGACUUUGCCUACUUUUCACAAGAAUAAAACAACGACACUGACACGUGACAAGAAGGCGAAGAAAGGAAAGGGAGCUGCUGUGGAGUUGCUCUACGAACAAUGUCCAGUGAACGAGGAACCUCUGUGCGUGGAGCCUGCACCUGCACCGAUUCUACCGCUGUUUCGCGACAUCCUGCAGCUGGACGUUCGCCACAUUGCCGAGGAAUUGACGCUGAUCGACUCCGAGCUACUGAGGCAGAUCCGAGCGGAAGAGCUCGAAAAUUGUGCGUGGAUGGCAUCAGACAGGGAGGUGAGGGCACCGAAUAUCAUGCGCAUGGUUGAGGCGUUCAAUCGUGUGGCGCUAAUGACCACUACGAAAGUGCUGACGCCAAAGACCGCCGUGGAGCGUGCUGGCGUCAUAGCCUUCUUUGUCAAGGUGGCAGAAGAGUGCCUCAAACUGCACAACUUCAACUCGCUCAAGGCUAUCCUGGCAGGCUUGCAGUGUACGCCGAUGUUCCGACUCACCAAGACCUGGAAAGAAGUCAGCAACAACAAGAGCAAGAGGUUUGCCGAGCUGUCGGAGGUGAUGACGGAGAAGAACAACUACAUUAUCUAUCGGAAGUGCAUGGAUGACGCCAUGGAGUCACCUCCGUGUAUUCCUUUCCUUGGAGUCUUUCUCACGCAAGUCGUGCAGGUGGACGCGCUCAGCAAGCUGCAACACAAGCUGCGCAAUCGCAGCAUGCGCCGCAGCACCCGCCGAGCCUCGACCCGCAUGUCGCGUCGCAACAUCAAGCGCCCCAGCUCCCGCCAGCACCACCACCUCACACACAGUAGCAGCGCGCACGGCAGCAGUCGUGACCUGCGGCAGGCCUCGCGGCACUCCGGUCCCAAUACGCCGUCGCGCCUCACACCCAGCCUCACCGGCUCACAGCGGGACCUGCGUCGCAGAAGCAACUCGCGCUCGAGUGUGCGGCGCACGCGACACGUACACUCGGCGAGCGCCAUCAGCCACAAGAAGCUGCUGCACAAGGGUCUGCAUGUCAGUGAUAGGCCACGGCAGCGCACUCCGAUCUACGUCUCCGCCGAUAACGAUACGUUCGAUGUAGAUGCGCCUGCUAGUGACGGUCAAUUGGAUGGUGCUGCUAGUCCGUGGUAUGAAGACCCCAGUGACUUGGCUCCUGGCACAAUACGCAGCGCAGCAACAGUGAAUCACGCCGAUUCCGCUCUGCUCUCGGCGGGAACACCCCCGCAGAAUGGGUCGUCGUCACCAGCGUCGGCACAAGGGAGCAGAGGACACAGCUCAUCGGUCAGUACAGCUGGCACUUCUACGCCUGUGCCGUCCAGCCUGGAUGCCAGCGCAGCUAGAUCUGCAUCCCCGACAAGGGCAUGCUCUCCCAACCCGACCAUGCCCGUCCCACUGCCCCGGACCUCCAGGACGGGGCCGAUGGACUUGGGUGAGAAUGGCGAGGAUGACGAUGAUGACGAGUGGGAGGAUAUGAGCGACAGCAUAAUCAUCAGUCCUGAUUUCGACACUCCGAUACUACCGUCGACAAUGCCAUUGAGCCCUGUGCUCAUGCCAACGAUCCUGGCCACGGAAGAAACGGACAAUACAGGCACAGACGCGCCUGACUCUCCCGGUAAAGAUGAGCAUGCCUCGAUCAUGGCAGCUGAGGUUCCAUCAGAAGAACCCGGGAGAUCUACGAGGGAGGAGCGUGGCAGAGCAAGGGAGAAUCCUAGGGAGCAGGGCGAUGGCGGGGGCGGCGGCCAUAACGGUAUGAAGGAGCGCACGGAGAGCGGGGACCAGAGUAGCGAGACUAGCUUCCAGUCACCGACCUGCGAGGACAGUGCCUACUGCACGGGCAGCGAGCGCACCCAGCACUCGCGCAACAGCAGCAUGGACUCGCCGUUCCGACAUCGCACCGUCGCCUUGACGACCACGACGACGAUCACCGUCACCGACGGCAACACGACCAGCGAGCUGACGGCGACGUCGGCGACCGCGCAGCAGGCGACAUCGGACGUUGCCACGGAGACGGAGAAGCCGCGCUACCAGGAGCGUGCCAUCGACGUGACGUCCAGUCUUCUCGAUCUGUCCGUACAACAGCCGACCAGGCGACGCAGUGCUGGACUGGACAAGUUCACCGUGUCACGCCGCUCCAGCUCAAACUCAAACUCCGGCGUCACAUCGCCCACCAGCGGACGGGGGUUUCUGUACAGCCGCGAAGCGUCCGGAGAUGAAAGCCGGAGUACGUCCGCUCAGCGAGCACCGCUGGAACGCACGGCGUCGAGAGAGAGCACCGCCAGUGUCGCGUCCGGCAUGAACAAACACCAGUUACGGGAACAAACGGGCAGCAGCAGCGGUGGCGACAAGAAGAAAUCUCACCGUCGCAACUCCAGCCUGCAGCUGUUCACCAAGAGCGACUCAUCGUCGUCCACGUCCGUUCCGCCCUCGCCUCACUUUGCCCACGAUACCAAGCACAUGUCGUUGUCACGGCAACGCUCCUCGUAUCUUUCGGUUGCGCUGGCGAAACCGGCCAGUGACGAUAGUAGCGCUGAAACCUCACCAGCCAAGCGAGCAGCCGGUGAGGAUGAUGGCAAUGCUCAAGCCGAGUCCACCUCCGAGGCCAUACAUCAGCUACAGGUACCAGUGCCGCGCCGUCAGCUGGAGCGCCGCAAGACCGACUCCAGCAUCGUGGUCAACCCGCACGUCGGUGCGGCAGCGGGGAACGUGCAGCGGAGCGACGCGGAUCGGCCCGCGGCGCUCACAACCGCAAACAUUCUGUCCCGGGCGAACGCCCCGCGACUGCGCGAGCGCAUCAUCGCCAUUCUGACGCCGAAGUCUCGCAGCAAGGCACCACCGGUGCAGGCAAACAAACAUCAUCGCCGACCCAGCCUCAAACCCAAGGAUAACAAAGUAGCACCGACGUGUUUCUCCUCUCUGGAGUCGGAGCUGGAACGCUACAAAGUGGCGGCUGGCGAAUAUCACCACUGCAGUCGGCCAUGGGUUCGCUACACCAUCAACAAUGCGGCGUUCAAUACGGAGGAGGAGAACUACAAGCUCUCGUGGGAGCGAGAGGCGAAGACCGGUGCCAAGACGUCCUGGCUGACAAAGCUGAAUGUCGCUCGCAAGGCAGGCUAAGACACGCAGCAUCGGCCACAUGGAGUGCUGUUGCGGAUGGCUACGCGUGUUGUACCGUGCCCGGAAUUGAUACUUAUUAGCGGAGUCCAUUGCUAUUUGGUUGGGCUUGCCUGCCUUUCUACCGUCUGUUUUAUGCCCAAA